GUUUGCUUAAAAUAACAUAUUCAGCAGCAUAUGUGCAAGGUGGGGUCUAGAUGUUGUGUUGAAUCCAUUGUUGCUUUGCAACAAAAACUCGGGAUUGAUACAGUCAAUGAUGAACAGGCGCGUGCAUGCUGAAAGCACAUUUGGAGCUGGGGAUAUCCUUUGUUUUUCUCUUCAGAGUAUGCUUGAAUGAGAAUACGGACUCACUUUUGUUUGAAUCGGGGGUGUCCCUCCCUCCACGCUGCAUAUGACAAAAACACUGACCGGCCCCCUUCAAUUCCUAUGGAUCGAACUACAGAACCUCCGCUUCAAGACAUCUGUUCCUUUCUAACAGAGCGCGCCCCCGUUUCCAGAGCUGUGACUGAACGACUGACUCUCGUGGUCCCCGGACUGGUGAUUUCCACAUUUGCCCGUGAAAUCAACCAAAGAUGAAGAUCGACGUUGACUCAAACUCACCCUGCUCUUAUUUUCGCAGUUUGUAGACUGGAGGGAAUUGGAACAAGGAUUUCGCCUGCUCUCCAUCACUCUCGUCCGAGCAGAGAGAGUCACCACCGAGCGUCAAAAGUCCGGUGCCAUUGAGUAGCCGAUUUCUUUUUGUCUGCCCUCGAGCCGGGGUUUCGCAUCCUCAGCGUCUGGCUUGGAUGGGAAAGGAAAACGAAGGGCGAGUGAAAAUAUCGGGGUUCUGAUGUUUGAAUAUUUUGUGCUUCUGGACAUUUAAUUGAUCGUAUUCAGUCAUCGUUGAGAGACUACUGUGAUUAUGGAGUCGGUAGAAAAGGAGUGCGGAGCGUUGGGUGGAUUAUUCCAAGCUAUCGUCAACGACAUGAAGAGUUCAUAUCCAGUGUGGGAAGACUUCAGUGCCAAGGCUACUAAACUGCACUCCCAACUCAGGACCACAGUUCUGGCAACAGUGGCAUUUCUAGAUGCCUUUCAGAAGGUGGCAGACAUGGCGACCAACUCAAGAGGAGGCACCAGGGACAUAGGUUCAGCUCUGACCAGGAUGUGCAUGAGACACCGCAGCAUUGAGACUAAACUACGCCACUUCACCAAUGCUCUUAUGGAAGGCCUAGUCACUCCUCUCCAGGACAGGAUAGAGGAAUGGAAGAAGACAGCUAACCUGCUGGACAAAGACCACGCCAAAGAAUACAAGCGGUCUCGCCAGGAGAUCAAGAGGAAGUCCUCAGACACCAUGAAGCUCCAGAAGAAGGCCAGGAAAGGCCGGGGUAACCUGCGUCCCCAGCUGGACAGUGCCAUGCAGGACGUCAGUGACCUCUACCUUCUGAUGGGAGAGACCGAGAAGCAGGCGGUGCGCCGGGCCCUCCUAGAGGAGAGGGGGCGCUACUGCUUCUUCAUCAACCUGCUGAAGCCUGUGGUGAAUGGAGAGAUAGCCAUGCUGGGAGAGAUCACUCACCUGCAGGCCAUUGUUGAUGACCUCACUGUGCUCACUGAAGACCCACACAAACUGCCCCCGGCUAGUGAGCAGGUGAUCGGGGACCUGAAGGGUUCAGACUACAGUUGGUCCUACCAGACCCCUCCCUCCUCUCCCAGCAGUGCUGCCUCCAGGAAGAGCAGUAUGUGCAGUAUCCUCCACAUGCCAACUGUCGGUGCCCAUCGUCUCAGUAGUGUCUCCUCCCACGAUUCAGGGUUCAUCUCUCAGGAUGCCAACACCCACUCCAAGCCCCCCUCGCCCAUGCCCUCUGACAUCACCAGCCAGAAGUCCACCAGCUCAGCCUCCUCUGAGGCAUCAGAAACCUGCCAAUCUGUCAGUGAAUCCAACUCUCCCACAGCGGAUUGGUCUACAACCAGUACCUAUGAGCCCUCAUUGGCUACCACUCUGCAGCAAAGGAGAGAGUCAUUGGACAGGAUGAGGGAGCAGGAGGUUCCUUCCAGUCCUAAAGUGUUCUCUGGGAUGCACCCAGACACUCAUAGGUCCAGGAUGGCCCAAGCUACUAUAGCAGCCAAGCACGGCAGUGAGGCCAUGUCCCCAGCAGCCAGUACACUAGCCAUGGUGCUGACCCGUGGUCUCAGUAUAGAGCAGCAGAAGAAUAGCAGGGAAUCUCUGCAGUACUCCAGUGGCUACAGCACCCAGACCAACACACCCUGCUGCUCAGAGGACACCAUCCCCUCACAGGGGUCUGACUAUGAGUGCUACUCUCUGAACGGGGACGCUGAUACCAGCAGGGAGGCUGACUUUGACAAGUCCUCCACCAUCCCCCGCCACAGCAACAUCGCCCAGAACUACCGCCGCAUGAUCCAGACCAAGAGGCCGGCCAGCACCGCCGGGUUACCCGCCGGAGUGAGCCCUCCUGGUGGUAUGCAUGGAGUGAUUUAUGGGGGUGAUGGAGGGCAUGAUGGGAGGCACGGAGCCAUCACCUCUGGAACAGCCACCAUCCGCCGGACCCCCUCCUCCAAAACGGGGGUGAGACGCACACCGUCCACCUCAGGCCCCAUCGCCAUCCGCCCCCCCAUCGUUCCAGUCAAGACCCCCACUGUGCCAGACUCUCCUGUCUACUCCCCCUGUUACUCCCCCAGCUACUCUCCCAGCCUUAUCCAGAGCAUGGGCAGCGAAGAGUACCUGUAUGGGGACGAGACUCCAUCCAGUGCCUUAGAGUACAUGAAAGCCUCCCCCAAGCGGCUGAGCCUACCUGACACCACCGCCUGGAGCUCCGGAGGGGGCUGGCAAAGUGUCUAUGCCCAGCAGCCCCCUGGCAUGACAGGCCUCAGCCUAGAGGAGGACCCCCAGCUGGCAGCCAACCGCCACAGCCUGGUGGAGAAGAUCGGAGAGCUUGCGGCCAGCGCCCACGCCCUGGGCGAGGGUCAGUUCCCCUUCUCCUCUCUGGACCCUCUGCCAGCAGACCCAAUGGGUACCAACUCUGUAACCCAACACCCACAACAACCACCACACAGGCCCCAGGAGGGCGUGGACAUGCUGGUGUCCAUACGGAGAGGUGUGAGGCUCCGCAAGGCGGUCUCCAACGACAGAUCAGCCCCCAGGAUACUGCAGGAUACUGCAGCAGCAUCCAGGAUUCUGCGGUAGUAUCUACUGGGACUGACCACAGAACUGUGGUGCCACUGCAAGCUCUAGUAGUGAAAUGAAUGAACACUCAUCUUCGACAGGUAAAGACUGCAUGAAAUGAAAGGGAAAACGAGUGUCAAUGUGUAAAGAUUCAAUGAAUGGCCAUGGGUGGCCAAUGGACAAAUUUCAUGUCAUGAAUUGCGUACAAAUGUAUUUUUAUGUCGUAUUCCUAUUUCCCAUGUUGUCUGUGGGCUUAGUGGCUGUGGUUGUCUAUUCCCUCUGUCUCCUAAUGAAUCAGCCCAGGCACCUUUCCUUUAAACUCAGUGAUCAGGGCCUGUAUUCACAAAGUGUCUCAGAGUAGCCGUGCUGAUUCGUGUAUAAUGAAUCUAUAAUACAAGUAUAUGGACAAUGGUGCUGAGUGAUUAGUGCUUUUUGAGGUCUGUUUGGUUUCGGUUCGAUUAUAUAUACAGUACGAGUCAAAAGUUUGGACACACCUACUCAUUCAAGGGUUUUUCUUUAUUUUUACAUUGUAGUAUAAUAGUGAAGACAUAAAAACUAUGAAAUAACAAUUGCCUUGAUGACAGCUUUUUUUUCUUUUUUUUUUCUCCCCAAUUUCAUGGUAUCCAUGUUUAGUAGCUACAACUCCCGUACGGGGCUCGGGAGAGACAAAGGUUGAAAGUCAUGCAUCCUCCUAAACACAACCCAACCAAGCCGCACUGCUUCUUAACACAGCGCACAUCCAACCCGGAAGCCAGCCGCACCAAUGUGUCGGAGGAAACACCGUGCACCUGGCAACCUUGGUUAGCGUGCACUGCGCCCGGUCCGCCACAGGAGUUGCUGGUGCGCGAUGAGACAAGGAUAUCCCUACCAACCCCUCCCUUACCCGGCUGAUGCUAGGCCAAUUGCGCGUCGCCCCACGGACCUCCUGGUCUGUUACGACAGAGCCUGGGCGCGAACCCAGAGUCUCUGGUGGCACAGCUGGCGCUGCAGUACAGUGCCCCUUAACCACUGCCCCACCCGGGAGGCCCUUGAUGACAGCUUUUUAAUGACAUUGUCACAUCGUUUGUUAUAAAUAGACCAAGAUGCAGCGUGGUAUAGUUCCAUCCUCUUUAUUUUGAAGUGAAACUCAAAGAAAACAAUAAAUGCAAACCGAAAUGCAGGCAACUAUACAUAGUCAAGAUCCCACAAAGCACAAAUGGAAAAAGGCUCCCUAAAUAUGAUCCCCAGUUAUUGACAACGAUAAACAGCUGCCUCUGAUUGGGAACCAUACCAGGCCAAUAUAGAAAUAUAAUCACCUAGAUGUCCCACCCUAGUCACACCCCGACCUAACCAACAUAGAGAAUAAAAAGCUCUCUAUGGUCAGGGCGUGACAGACAUCAACACUAGGAAAUAACACAUAUGGAAUCAUGUAGUAACCAAAAAGGUGUUAAACAAAUCAAUAAAGAUUUUAAAUUUUAUAUUCUUCAAAGUAGCCAACCUUUGCCUUGAUGACAGCUUUGCACACUCUUGGCAUUCUCUCAACCAGCUUCAUGAGGUAGAGUAGUCACCUGGAAUGCAUUUCAAUGAACAGAUGCCCCUUGUUAAAAGUACAGUUGUGGAAUUUCUUUCCUUCUUAAUGUGUUUGAGCCAAUCAGUUGUGUUGUGACAAGGCAGAGGUGGUAUACAGAAGAUAGCCCUAUUUGGUAAAAGACCAAGUCCAUAUUAUGUCCAGAACAACUCAAAUAAGCAAAGAGCAUGAAGGUCAGUCAAUCCAGAAAAUUUCAAGAACUUUAAAAGUUUCUUCAAAUGCAGUUGCAAAAAACAGAAAGCGCCAUGAUGAAACUGGCUCUCCUGAGGACCGCCACUGGAAAGGAAGACCCAGAGUUACCUCUGCUGUCGAGGAUAAGUUCAUGAGAGUUAACUGCACCUCAGAUUGCAGCCCAAAUAAAUGCUUCACAGAGUUCAAGUAACAGACACAUCUCAACAUAAACUGUUCAAAGAAUCAGGCCUUCAUGGUUGAAUUGUUGCAAAGAAACCACUACUAAACAACACCAAUAAGAAGAAGAGACUUGCUUGGGCCAAGAAACACGAGCAAUGGACAUUAGACUGUUAGAAAUCAGUCAUUUGAGUCCAAAUUUGAGAUUUUUGGUUCCUACCACCGUGUCUUUAUUAGACGCAGAAUAGGUGAACGGAUUAUCUCUGCAUGUGUGGUUCUCACCGUGAAGCAUGGAGGCAUUCUGAUGGUGUGUGGGUGCUUUGCUGGUGACACUCUAUGAGUUAUUUAGAAUUCUAGACACACUUAACCAGCAUGGCUACUACAGCAUUCUGCAACGUACGCUGUCCCAUCUGGUUUGCGCUUAGUGGGACUAUCAUUUGUUUUUCAACAGGACAAUGACCCAUCACACCUCCAGGCUGUGUAAGGGCUAUUUGACCAAGAAGGAGCGUGAUGGAGUGCUGCAUCAGAUGACCUGUCCUCCACAAUCACUCAACUUCAACCCAAUUGAGAUAGUUUGGGAUGAGUUAGACCGCAGGGUGUGAAAAAGAAGCCAACAAGUGCUCAGCAUAUGUGAGAACUCUUUCAAAACUGUUGGAAAAUCAUUCCUCAUGAAACUGGUUGAGAGAAUGCCAAGAGUGUGCAAAGUUGUCAUCAAGGCAAAGGGUGGCUACUUUGAAGAAUCUGAAAUAUACAGUAUAUUGAUUUGUUUAACACUUUUUUGGUUACUACAUCAUUCCAUAUGUGUUAUUUCAUAGUUGUGAUGUCUGUCACGCCUUGACCAUAGAAAGCUUUUUAUUCUCUAUGUUGGUUAGGUCGGGGUGUGACUAGGGUGGGACAUCUAGGUGAUUAUAUUUCUACAAUGUAGAAAAAAAUAAAAAUAAAGAAUAACCCUUGAAUGCGUAGUUGUGUCCAAACUUUCGACUGGUACUGUAUAUAUAUUAUUUUUAACAUUAAAUGCAUUAUUUGGGUUGAAUGCUGUAACAACUCAGAAUAAAAACAAUUCAUGAAAGUCCCAUGAUGGUAGUGACUGCCCAUUACUGCUUAUAUUAACCGUUGUUUAUUCACAAUUAUUUUACUUUAAUAAAAUAUUUCAGUUGCUGUGUAUAUAAACAUGUUUUAUUUUAUUACUUUAUUAUUUAAUUCCAAGUCAUCAUCCCAUCUCCACAGAGCUGCUGCCUGACUAAAUCACUAUUUUAGUAGUUCUUCAAAGUAAAUAAGGCAUACUUUUAUGACUGCUAAAUACCAAACUAUCAAACACUUAAAUUAUGUAUUUUCAAGAAAAAAUACCUCAUAAAGCGAGAGCUCUCUCUCGAUCGCACAUUAAUCUGUCUCUUUUACGUAGUUGGCGUAAAAGAAACAAACCGGACCAGUAGGCGCUCAAUAGAUUAUGGUCAUUGUAGUUCAUGUUUUCUGAGCUUAACAAUGUAGAAUAUUGGCCUGUUGGAAACUACUACAACAUCACAGAGUUCGGGCUUGAUCUGAUUGUUCUUUAGAGAAACUGCAUAAUGUGUGCAUUGAGCUUACAGAAAACUGAACAUGGGCUUCAAAUAUUUGAACCAAUGUCUGUCAGUUCAGUUGUUAAAAUACGGAAAAAUAACUGAAAUGUCAGUUAAUCACUCAGCACUAAUGGACAAGGAUGAUUUUAUCCUAGAUCAGCACUCCUACUCUUAAAUGCUAUAUGAAUAUGGGCCCAGGAGGUAAUUUCAAAAUGGCAGUUGAAUGCUGUGUCUUAUUGUGUGUGUACUAACACAGCCAUCUGUUCUCUGAAAGUGAUGGGGCUAAGUUGCUCUGUGAGCCUGUGUGUAUGUUAUGUUGUGUAUUAUUAUACUGAUGUAUGUAUUGCCAUUUGUAUCAUAAGCUGAACACCAAUGUAUGUUACAUAUCGGAGAAAUGUAAAAGUCAUGUAAAAUAGGAGCGAUGUGGCAGUGUUUUUAUUGCUGUACUGUACUAUCAAUUUAUUCUGCAAUUAAACCAACCUUUUCCUGUA